GCGCGAACUGUCAAAUCGUGUCGUCCUCAGGCCUCCGUCAAACUUGUAUUUUUAUGUAAUUCAAAAUAAAAAAUUCUAAAUUAUUAAAAACAUUCAAUUUAACUUUAAUUUGUCAAUACAAUAUUAAAAAGCGUUAGUAAUGGGCACAGUGCAUGCCAAGUCAGAGCACAAUGACCUGGGGGAGGUGGGCGGGGGUCUGUUUGAGUUCGAGGAACCGAUUGAAAUGGAGGAGGAGCCCAUUCCCAAGCCCACCAUACAGCUAGGAGGCGUCAGGGCACGUGUGGACCGAGUGCAUGUGGACGGGCUGAACCGCACGAAGGAUGACAUCAUCCGCAGCACUGUGGACGAGCUCUUCCAUGCCACUGACUUCGAAGACGUCAUACUCAGGGCACACAAGGUCCGUCGAGCUCUAGACGCGAUGGGAUGUUUCCGCGACAUCGGCGUGUACAUCGACGUGUCGUCCGGCCCGGGCGCCACGCCGGAGGGACUCGAGGUGACGUUUCAAGUCCGCGAGUUGUCCCGCGUCGUGGGCGGAGUCAACACUACUGUCAGCGAGAACGAGGGAAACCUCGUGUUGGGCGUGAAGAUGCCCAACGUGCUGGGCCGCGGCGAGAAGCUGCAGGCGGAGUACAGCAUGGGCUACCGCAGCUCCUCCAACUUCAGCAUCGCGGCCACCAAACCCUAUCCGCACAAGCCUCUGACGCCCGUGCUGUCAGCGUCGGUGUACCAGCAGAACCACGAGUACCCGUGGUCCGGCUACCGGCUGCUGGACCGCGGGCUGCUGCUGGACCUCGCCUUCCGCACCUCGCCCGCCACGAAACACAACUUGCAGUGGGAAGGGUUGGUGCGGGACACGUCGGUGCUCAGCAAGACCACCAGCUUCGCGGUUCGGGAGAACAGCGGUCCGCAAAUGAAGUCAGUGAUCCGCCACGUACUGUCGGUGGACCACAGAGACGAGCCCAUCUUCCCGACGCGCGGCACUCUCGUGCAGUUCACGAGCGAAGUCGCGGGCCUCGGCGGCGGCGUGGCGCAUCUCAAGACGGAGCUCAACGCGCAGGCCAAUGUGGCGCUCACAGAGUCCGUGGUGGUCCAAGUAACCGGGGCUUUAGGUGUAUUACACGAUAUGUUCGGCACGGCGCUCCCAGAUAGACUGUUUUUAGGGGGCGCCACCACACUGCGGGGGUUCGGGCAGCGGGGGGUGGGGCCACACCAGGAUGGGCAGGCGCAAGGAGGACAGAUGUACUGGGCGUCGGGCCUGCACGUGUACACGCCGCUGCCGUUCCAGCCGGCCAAGAACGGCCUCGGCUCUUUGUUCAGGUCGCAUUUGUUCCUCAACGCCGGCUGCUUGACCGACAACGAGGAGAAGAGUAAGCUGGAGGCGCUGUCGCAGGCGCGGGUGUCGUGCGGCGCGGGCGUAGCGCUGCGGCUGGGCCGCGCGGCGCGGCUCGAGCUCAGCUACUGCGUGCCGCUGCGCGCGCGCGCCGCCGACCGCCUCGCGCCAGGGUUGCAGCUCGGCGUCGGCGCGCACUUCUUGUAGUGCUCACACACAAACAUCCCGUCGCCGUUCGAAAGAAGAGAUCAAAGGAAUACGAAUUAAUUUUGUUAUUAUUUAUUGUUCGUGUAAAUACAAGUGAAAAUAAAUUUUCAGAAUACUGAAAGUUUUGUCUAAACUAUGGUGAAUCAUACGGGCCGUAUGCCUGGUUGUUAUAGUUAAUUAUGUACAAAUCGCCAGUGAACGUUGUUGUUAUAAAAUUGUUUAGUUUUAAAAAAUUAUUUUAUUUAAUACGACGACUAUUUUUGACAAUCUCGGUGGCGCAGUGGUGAAGUUCCUGCUACUGAACCGAGAGGUCCCGGGUUCGAUCCCCGGUCGGGUCAUGAUGGAAAUGAUCUUUUUCUGAUUGGCCCGGGUCAUGGAUGUUUAUCUAUAUAUGUAUUUGUUAUAAAAUAUAGUAUCGUUGAGUUAGUAUCCCGUAACACAAGUCUCGAACUUACUUUGGGGCUAGCUCGAUCUGUGUGAUUUGUCCUAAUAUAUUUAUUUAUUUGUUUAUUUAAUAGACCCUAAAGAAUUUAUUCAGAAAUUAGACCUUCUCAAGACACUUUUUCACAUC